AUGCCAUCACAUGGUGUAGAUAUAACAUUAUAUGGUGGAUAUAGAUCAUUACGUGAUAUAUGUUCGUAUGUGAUUCGGAGACCUGCUGCUGCUUUUCUAAACCGUAUUAACAAUAUAACUGAACCAUUCAGAGAAUACUGUGCAUUACUGAGUAUAUUCAACAUUACAAAUGGAGAAAUGAGUGUUCCCAAUGACAAGGUACUGAGAUAUACCGGAAGUGUUGACGGUGACCAAUCAAUUCCUGGGUUUGGCGAGCAUGCUGACGUUGACAUCAACGAUAUAAAAAUUGACUAUCAGGUAACCAUAGAAACGAUCCCGGGUCAUGGCUUAUUUGAAGGGACAAUCCACGUGGACCACGUUAACAAUGAAGAACAACCCUGUGAUGUCGGUCUGGAGAUUAGUCGUAUCAAUAUAUAUGGCAACCAAGCUAAGUGUGUAUCUGAGAAAUAUCCAAGUAUUGCCAAGUACUGCUACUGCAAAAACAACAUUCGUCAAAGUGAUUCUCUGGAAUGACGCCACGUAUAAUUUGUCUUACUAAACACAACUCAAUGAGCACAAAUUAUAAUAAAAUAACUUCAUGU